AUGGAUUCACUGGUGAUAGCGAUCGUGGCGUUCGCCGUCUCGCUAUCGUUGGCCAAGAUUUUUGCCAAAAAACACAAAUACAAGAUCGACGCCAAUCAGGAGCUCAUAGCCCUCGGGACCGCCAAUGUCUUCUCGUCCUUCUUCGCCUGCUAUCCCUCGUCGGCCUCUUUGUCGCGGAGUUCAGUCCAGGAGAAGACCGGCGGUCGCACACAAGUGGCCGGACUUGUGUCCAGUGCCUUCAUGUUGGUCUUCCUCCUCUUUUUGGGACCACUUCUCUAUCAUUUGCCAAAAGCAAACAUGACUUACAUCGUAAACCUUAAGAGUACUAAUAUUAUGGAAAAUAUAACGCCGACAAUGAGGCCGAUGUCCACACCAAGCAAUUAUUUUACGGAUAACUAA